CGAUCAUCACACAAAUGGCCUCCCCUGCUCCGACGUCCCCUGACCUGUCCUAUAGCUCGUCGGUGACGUACUGACGGGUUUUCAACCCGUCCGGCACUGUGGGAAGACGGGCAGCCUGUGGAGAAAUGGGGGGUGUUCCGCUGCGGCUGCAAUAAUAAGUUUGUUUUUUUAUUUCCGGUAAAUUAAGAGUUUGUUUUGGGUUUGAGAGUUUAAAUUAAAAAAAAUAAUUAAGGGUAUUCGAGUAAAAUUAACUUAAUUAGGGCGACGAAUAACGAUUUUUAGGGCGACCAAUAGCAAUCCCCAAAGCAAAUUAACCCGUUUGCGUAAUUGCGUUCAGUUUCUGCAGAGGAGUAUUUCUUGAUUUGGUCAUUCAUUUCCCGAUUUCCCACGUUGUUCCAACCUCCAAACGUUCAAAUUUGCGGCUCCUCAGAUACGCAGACCGAUGGGAGAUAAGUCGGAGUCGUCCGGAAGUAGAAAGCGUCGCCGAGAUGAAGCGGACGAAGAAGAAGAGAAGACCGAGGCUGCUGGCGACGCCGAUGAAGCUCCGUCACUCGAAGACAGCCUUAUGUUUAGCGAUACGUUGGUCGCGCUUCGUAUCAUGCGAGCUCAGUUCCCUCGCAUUGACAAGGUUGCGAUUGAGCCUUUCGUUUUGCGCUCGCAAUUAUACAGUAGCGUAAAGGAUAGAACGCAAGUAGACAGAGAACUAGAGACUUUGAAGAGGGAAAACAUGUUGAGAAUUUUUAAACUCAACACUGGGCAAGAUGAUCAUGCUAUUAUGUUUUUGGAAGACUAUCUAAAUCAGCAUGUAUCUUUUAAUCGCUCCAUGCAGAUAGAACGUGUUACAAAAAGGCUAGAAGAAAACAAGAAAAGUGACACUGAAGUUCUUGAGUGGUUUAAGAAAUAUGUUAUUGAUUGCAAGUUGGAACCUAGUAUUGACCAUCAAGAGCUUUGCUUACUCCUAUCUAAUGGUGGAAAGGUGAAGGAUGAACACAUUUCACUUCUAAUCAACGGUGGACUUCUGGUAAGAUUGAUGUUUGUUUUGCAGACUCGCCAACUGAUUGACCCAAACAUGUAUUGGUUUGCAAUUCCAAAUAUUGGUUCAAUACUGAAGGGACUUUCUCAGGGAAGGAAGGAGCUGCUAUCUCUUCUAAAACGUAGGAGAUAUAAGGAGAUGAUGUUAGCCCCUUUGGAAAAGAAGCGUCUUCGAUUUUCCCCACUCGACAUUCGAUUUCACCUCCGAGAUUUGAUUGGCUCAGGGCACCUCAAAACUCUUUGCACGCCAACUGGCUUGGUAGUACGGGUUUCAAAAGAUUAAACUCCGUGCUUAUGUUCGUGGAACAUGAUGUUUCGACAUUGGAUUUGUCUUUCUUGGUCAUCACUCCCAAGGGUAUGUUUGCAGCUAAGCUGGAUUACAAUAUCUUAGUGCUUCAAUUCUGCGAUCAACCAUUGAUGACAUUUGUUAGAAACGACCCAGGUUACAAGAAGCAACUUAAGUUAAUGUGGGACGAUUUGAGUCUCCUCUCUUCCAGGGUCUUUAAGUUAUAUGUUUUCCUCUUAAUUUGUUAAUUUGAUCUCUUGUGUUUCAUCCAUUCCUUGUUUGUACUAGUCAAAUAAGUCCCUAUACAAUGAUACUGGACUAAAUCACUUUCAUCUCUGCACUCUUUCUGCUAACUGUCUCUGGUGUCUUAUUAAUUAUUAUGCAUGGUGUUAUCAAACAUUAUUCAAUGUACAAGUUCUGGAU